ACCGAGCCAAAUGAUUUGACUCAUGGAUAAGAGUCGGAGCUCAAAUAAAGGGGGUUUUAUUUUCGCUUGCGGCGAGAAACUGUGGCCAAAGAUUGAAGAUUGAAGUUCACUGUCCAAAUCUGGACUAAGAAAAGAAGCCCAACUCUAUCAGUCCUUCCGUGCUUUUACUACAAUGACAGAGGCAGAUUUAUAUGACGUGUAUAAAGGAGUCUUUGUGCCGAAACAUUUGCACCCGCCGGACAGCCUGAAAUAUUAUGAAGAUUUCACAUUUCGCUCAGAUGAUGUCCUUAUCGUCACCUAUCCGAAAUCAGGCACAACAUGGCUGCAGGAGAUUGUUCCUCUGAUCCACAGCGAAGGAGAUCUCACUCCAGUGCACACUAUACCAAACUGGGACCGGGUUCCAUGGCUGGAGGAGCACCGGGCUAAGAUACUCAAUCUGGAGCAGAGGCCCUCUCCACGCGUCUUUGCGACUCACUUCCAUUACGGCAUGAUGAACGAGUCGUUUUUCAAAGUCAAGCCAAAAGUCAUUUACGUAAUGCGGAACCCUAAGGACGUGUUUACAUCCUCCUUCCACUACUAUGGAAUGGCUUCAUAUCUGGUCAAUCCCGGCACUGCUGAUGAGUUUCUGGAAAAGUUUCUGAACGGCAAAAUAAUGUUUGGUUCAUGGUUUGACCAUGUGAAAGGCUGGCUCAAGGCAAAAGACCAAGAUCAUAUUUUCUAUAUUUCCUAUGAGGAGAUGAUACAAGACUUGAAAGGCUCUGUCACGAAAAUGGCCCAGUUUCUCGAGAAGCCUCUGAGCCCAGAAGUGAUCGAGAAAAUAGCCGAGAAUUGUCUGUUUAAGAACAUGAAGCAGAACAAGAUGUCCAACUAUUCGCUGGUUCCAGAAGAGUUCAUGAAUCAGAAGAAGUCGGAGUUUCUCCGAAAAGGAAUAUCUGGUGACUGGAAGAACCUGUUUACUGAGGCCCAAACUGAGAAAUUUAAUACAGUUUACAAAGACAAGAUGAACAAUGUCACGUUCAAAUUCUUUUGGGAUUAAAACAAACUCGCCGUUUGUUUAUUCAUAAAUUUACUAAUGCAGAUGGUGAUGUGGGCCUGUCAUGAUCAAAGGUGGGAACAAUACUAAGAGCAAUAGUUUAGUGGGUUUACUCCAUAUUUUACAUAGGAUGUAGAUUGAUCUAUUUUACUACUAAAUAUUACUACAUUACUACAAAUAAUACACAUCAAGUAUUAAUCCAAUUUUCCUAAUAAAUAAAUAAACAAAAGAAAGCAUUCCUUUUUUUCAUUAUUAAUAUACCACAGGGACACACUGGUGACAUCAUUAUUUUUUAUUCAUCCAAAUUAUUAAAGAAGAGAAAAUGUUUAUUUCAUGAAGGGAUUACUUUUCAUUCCAGCACACCUUUUUAAUCUGUGGUCACACUAAGGCUAAUUAUCUUCUUACCCUGAAUUACUAAAGCCAUGGAAAUUAAUUACUUAUCUUAUUUGGAGGACUUAAUGAUCUUAUUAAGUUGUAGUCAGUAAUAUUUUAAUUAAGACUGGAUGUCAGUUUUCGGUCUUGUUGUGAAUGCACCGAAGCAGACCAGGGGACUCGGAAGUAGUGUUCAGCAGGAAUGUUUUAUUGGACAUCAGAACACACUGCAGUGGCACUGUAGUCAUCAAGUCCAGUAAAAAGGCACAUACUUUGCAGUUUUAAAGGCCUUGAAGGUGACAAUACAAAAGCCUAGAGGUGAUAUUCUUAAACAAAGUCUUGAAAUCCCCAGAGUCGACACUCGGCUGUGAGCUAGUUCACACUUCCUGAUCACCGUCUACUUAUGACCACCAUUUGGUGGUGAGAGCUGGGAUAUGUAAAUAAUUAAUCAAAGAGAAAUGUAUGUUACAGUAGAUUUUAGAGUGAGCUCCAAAUAUGUUUUCCUACACUCUCAUACAAUUAUAAAGGUUUUUAUACAGUAAAACUUUCGUUGAAUAUAUGAAGCAUAUCACACGGUAUGUCUUAAAAAAUUUAAAACACCACAUUUCAUAUAAUAGAAACUAUUUAAUAUAUUUGUCAAUUUCUUUUUAUAGUUCAUUUUGUUCCAAGGGACAUAGGCAUAGGAAUAUAUAGUAUAGUAAUACCUAAUACAGUAAUAUAUGAUGAUAUUGAUGAUAAAGCUGAUGAUAAUGAUUGUUGUUGUUGAUUUUGUUGUCUGUUAUCUGUAACAAUGUGACAUGACGUGAGACCGAAAAACUUGCAAAUCUCACUGUGAUACUCUAGCAUAAAUAACACCAGAAUAUCCACUACAACCCUUUAAGUGUAACUGUUUAACAUUACGUGUAAUGUCCUGCAGGAACAAGCAAGCAAGCUAGCUAACACAGAGG